CCGACGCCUGUCACUCAUUUUUUUUUCCGGGAGUGCUGUCUUUCCACGGCUAGCUAUCCCUUUGCUGUAAUCAAGGAGGAAAAACAUCUUUCAAAUUGUGGAAUAACGUCACUCACCCGAGCGACGUAUUUUCUUAUUGAAAUUACCUAAAAACAAAUUUGAAGAACAUCUACAAUGACUGACUCAAAAUAUUUUACAACAAAUAAAAAAGGGGAGAUCUUUGAGCUGAAGGCAGAGCUGAACAAUGAGAAGAAAGAGAAGAGAAAGGAGGCAGUGAAGAAGGUCAUUGCGGCUAUGACUGUGGGCAAGGAUGUCAGCUCCCUCUUCCCAGAUGUGGUGAACUGCAUGCAGACUGAUAACCUGGAGCUGAAAAAGCUGGUCUACCUGUACCUGAUGAACUACGCCAAGAGCCAGCCCGACAUGGCCAUCAUGGCUGUCAACAGCUUUGUCAAGGACUGUGAGGACCCUAACCCCCUGAUCCGUGCCCUGGCUGUGCGCACCAUGGGCUGCAUCCGCGUGGACAAGAUUACAGAGUACCUGUGUGAGCCGCUGAGAAAGUGUCUGAAGGACGAGGACCCAUACGUGAGAAAGACAGCAGCAGUGUGCGUGGCAAAGCUCCACGACAUCAACGCCCAGAUGGUGGAGGACCAGGGUUUCCUGGACUCCCUCAGGGAUCUCAUUGCCGACUCCAACCCCAUGGUGGUGGCCAACGCGGUGGCAGCUCUGUCUGAGAUUAGUGAGUCCCACCCCAACAGCAACCUGCUGGACCUCAACCCACAGAACAUCAACAAGCUGCUGACAGCCCUCAACGAGUGCACAGAGUGGGGCCAGAUCUUCAUCCUGGACUGCCUGUCCAACUACAACCCCAAAGACGAGCGCGAGGCCCAGAGCAUCUGCGAGCGGGUCACGCCCCGUCUCUCCCACGCUAACUCGGCGGUGGUGCUGUCGGCUGUCAAGGUGCUGAUGAAGUUCCUGGAACUGCUACCCAAGGAGUUGGACUACUACAACACCCUGCUGAAGAAGCUGUCCCCCCCGCUGGUCACCCUUCUCUCUGGGGAGCCAGAGGUCCAGUAUGUGGCCCUCAGGAAUAUCAACCUCAUCGUCCAGAAAAGGCCUGAGAUCCUUAAGCAGGAGAUCAAGGUGUUCUUUGUCAAGUACAAUGACCCCAUCUACGUCAAACUGGAGAAAUUGGACAUCAUGAUUCGUCUGGCCUCCCAGGCCAACAUAGCUCAGGUGUUGGCUGAGCUGAAGGAGUAUGCCACCGAGGUAGACGUUGACUUUGUGCGUAAGGCAGUGAGGGCCAUCGGGCGCUGUGCCAUCAAAGUGGAGCAAUCUGCUGAGCGCUGUGUUAGCACCCUGCUAGACCUCAUCCAGACCAAGGUCAACUAUGUGGUGCAGGAGGCCAUCGUGGUCAUCAGGGACAUCUUCCGCAAAUACCCCAACAAGUAUGAAAGCAUCAUCGCCACGCUGUGUGAGAACCUGGAUUCUCUGGACGAGCCGGAUGCGCGUGCCGCCAUGAUCUGGAUCGUGGGCGAGUACGCUGAGAGGAUCGACAACGCCGACGAGCUGCUGGAGAGCUUCCUGGAGGGCUUCCAUGACGAGAGCACGCAGGUCCAGCUCACUCUUCUCACAGCCAUCGUCAAGCUUUUCCUCAAGAAGCCCUCUGAGACUCAGGAGCUGGUGCAGCAGGUCCUCAGUCUGGCCACACAGGACUCCGACAACCCUGAUCUGCGUGACAGGGGUUACAUCUACUGGCGCCUGCUGUCCACCGAUCCGGUAACGGCCAAGGAGGUGGUCUUGUCCGAAAAGCCCCUGAUCUCGGAGGAGACAGACCUGAUUGAGCCCACCCUGCUGGACGAGCUCAUUUGCCACAUUGGCUCCCUAGCCUCCGUCUACCACAAGCCCCCCAACGCCUUUGUGGAGGGCAGCCAUGGCAUCCAUCGCAAGCACCUGCCCAUCCAGCACGGCAGCAUUGACACAGGCGAGAGCCCUGUGAGCGCAGGGCCAGCGGUCCCUAUUGAACAGGCCCAGUCAGUCAUCCCUUCCCAGGGAGACCUGCUGGGAGAUCUGCUCAACCUGGACCUGGGUCCCCCCGUCAAUGUGCCCCAGGUCUCCUCCAUGCAGAUGGGCGCUGUCGACUUGCUGGGCGGAGGCCUCGACAGCCUGCUCGGUGGAGACCUGGGAGGAGGUGUUGGGGGAAGUCCAGCAGUGGGACAGAACUUUAUUCCCUCAUCAGUUCCCAACACGUUCGCCCCAUCGCCGACUCCUGCAGCGCUCAGCAGCGGCCUCAACGACCUGUUUGAGCUCUCCACAGGCAUGGCCAUCUCCACAGGAGGCUAUGUUACCCCCAAAUCUGUAUGGCUGCCUGCGGUGAAAGCUAAAGGACUGGAGAUCUCAGGCACAUUCUCCCGCCGACAGGGCCAAAUGUACAUGGACAUGACCUUUACCAACAAGGCCUUGCAGCACAUGACCGACUUCGCUAUCCAGUUCAACAAGAACAGUUUCGGAGUGAUCCCCACCACCCCUCUGCCCAUCCACACUCCACUGAUGCCCAGCCAGAGUAUUGAAGUUUCCCUGCCUCUCAACACCAUUGGGCCAGUCAUGAAGAUGGACCCACUGAACAACCUACAGGUGGCUGUGAAGAACAACAUUGACGUUUUCUACUUCAGCGGGCUUAUCCCACUCAACAUCUUCUUCGUGGAGGAUGGCAAAAUGGAGCGACAGGUGUUCUUGGCCACCUGGAAAGACAUCCCCAAUGAGAAUGAGCUGCAGUACCAGAUUAAGGAGUGCCACUUAAAUGCAGACACGGUGUCAGGGAAGCUGCAAAACGACAACAUCUACACCAUCGCCAAGAGGAACGUGGAGGGCCAGGAUAUGCUCUACCAGUCCCUCAAGCUCACCAACGGCAUCUGGAUCCUGGCUGAGCUCCGCAUCCAACCCGGCAACCCCAACUACACACUGUCCUUGAAGUGCCGGGCUCCUGAGGUUACCCAGUAUGUCUACCAGGUGUACUACUCAGUCCUGAAGAACUGAACUCUCUCCGUCCACUCACUCACCACCCUCCACUCCACACCUCUCUCCAAACACAAACAGCAGCUGUUAGCGUUCUAGUCAUGCAUUAUUCCUCUCCACCAUCCUUACGGCCAUGGGAGAAUGUGACAUCCCCAGUCCAUCCUUAACUAAAUGUCUUAAUGUCGUAAAAUGUGGUUGAUGGUGAAGCUCUCCAAAAAAAUAAACCUUUCAUAUUCACUAAGCCAUCACCCCACCUCUUUGUACUGUAUUUCCAAUAUUGAAAAGUGUAAUAUCAUAUUUGUUUUUGUGUCUAUUCUUUUUAAUGCUUUAUAUUCUUCCGUGGUACUUUUGCUACUUGCCCAACCAUAAUCGAUUGAGUGCCAUCUACCAGACCUUGCUGGAGCCGAAAAUGCCAGUUGAACCAAUUGCUUAGUCUCCAUGAUGCAUCAAGUACCAUUUUGAGCCAAUAUGGCAGUGGUGAGAGCAGAGCCGGGGAACAUGAAAUAGAUUUUAAUGCAUUAGUGGAUUUCAUUCUGUUCUCGUUUUAGUAACCACUAUGAUAAACCACUAUUUAUGGUAGCUAUUAUUAUGUUUACUUCUGUCUGUCAUUCCUUUUUUACUGGUGCUUGCAGGCAGCUGAUCCUUUCAUGCUUCUCAUCCCUUUUCUGAUUGCUCGACCUGCCACAACAAUAAAACACCGCUAUAGCCAUUCCUAGAUUGUCAUUCCUAGAUUUCCAAUAAUCCAUGUCCUUUUGCUGGUUUUGUGCUGCAGUAUUAAUGAAUAUGCCAAUAGUGAGUGUGGAAUGAGUUGUCCAUUCUGUAUUGCUGUUCUCAUGUUACAUUGAUUGCAAUGAGAUAGUAUGUAUUAUUCUUUAAUUGUAAGAUUGUUAUUGAUAUUCUAUUUGCAGCUGUUCAUCUAAACAGAACUCAAACCCUGGGUCAAACCCAAAGCCAGGGUCAAUAUCAUUUGAUAUUUUGCUUAGUAGGGAACAACCCCAUACUGUCAAUGACAUGCCUAGUGUAUGUGUUUGUGUUAUUGUGCUGUUAAAACCACCUCUAUGAUUAUACUGUGCAGUGACCUGGUAUAGUUUGUAGACAUGAAGUUCUGUACAACUAAUGAAAGAUUAUUAUAUUACUACCAGAAUAAGUAUGCUUGAAAUCCAUAAUAGAACAACAGUGGCACUAUAUUCCAGUUAUGUACCAAGUCCUCAUGUGGAAGUUUUAUUUUACCUUUAUUUAACUAGGCAAGUCAAUUAAGAACACAUUUUUAUUUUCAAUGACUGCCUAGGAACAGUGGGUUAACUGCCUGUUCAGGAGCAGAAAAACAGAUUUGUACCUUGUCAGCGAGGGGAUAUGAACGAACUUGCAACCUUUCAGUUACUAGCCCAACGCUCUAACCACUAGGCUACCCUGCCGCCCCAGUGAUCUAAAUAAGUUUUAUUUAUAAAUUUAUACAAACUGAUGUGAUUUUAAUAUGCCAUAUCUAUGAACAUUGUUGUUAUACCUCUGCUAGUUGAGCUCAAACAUUUUAAUAAUUUUUAUUUAAGCCAAUGUAAAAAGCAGUCUCAAGGGUACCAAUUGUGUUUGUGACUUUAGCUUCUUAAUUGUAUUGUUACCAUACAUGCUGAUGUGCCUGUGAACCUGCAAUAGAAGCAGUGUCCAAUGCUCCCAAGAAAUCUUAGUGGUCAGUUUCCCUCACUCAAAACGACACUUAGCUACAUGGGAAGGUCUGAUCUUUGGCCACAGUUUGAUUGUAUGUGUCCCCAGCAAGAUGUUGGGUAACACUUGUUUGGGAUAGUCUGUAGAGCAUCUAGAUGGACUAUCAGUAACAUUUUAACUAUCUACUAACCCUAAACUUAACCCUUACCCUAACACUUAAUCUAAAACAAACCGUAACCUGGUAGUAUGACCAGAUGUUAUUAUAAAGGCGUAUUUGGUUCUGGCUUUCCCACCCAGAACUAUGUUUGAGAAAAAUAUUUAAUGUACUUACUCAUAAGCCCAGCAACCAGGAAUAGGCCAACAGAACAGCUGUAGUAAGAAAUCAUGUGACAACUGAAAUGACCAUAUGUUUUAGCCUUCUCAAGCUAGCCUGUUGAUCCUGCAUCACUCCUCAUCCCCAACUUGUCACUGUAUCCGCUCUUAUUUCAAUAAAAUGUCUGUUAUAAACUUA